ACGUGCGCACCGGGUGCGCGGGGUGGGAGGGACUGGUGUGCUCGGCCGGCCGCAGGAAGCGGAGCCUGGGGACCGGCUGUCGGAUACCGGGGUGCGCCCCCGAGGGGAGGUCGUCGCGAUGAACACCGUCCUGUCGCGCGCGAACUCGCUGUUCGCCUUCUCGCUGAGCGUGAUGGCGGCGCUCACCUUCGGCUGCUUCAUCACCACCGCCUUCAAAGACAGGAGCGUCCCGGUGCGGCUGCACGUCUCGCGGAUCAUGCUAAAAAAUGUAGAAGACUUCACUGGCCCGAGAGAAAGAAGUGACCUGGGAUUCAUCACAUUUGAUAUAACUGCUGAUCUAGAGAACAUAUUUGAUUGGAAUGUUAAACAGUUAUUUCUUUAUUUGUCAGCAGAGUAUUCAACAAAAAAUAAUGCUCUGAACCAAGUCGUCCUCUGGGACAAGAUCGUGUUGAGAGGUGAUAAUCCAAAGCUGCUUUUGAAAGAUAUGAAGACAAAGUAUUUUUUCUUCGAUGAUGGAAAUGGCCUCAAGGGAAACAGCAAUGUCACCUUGACGCUAUCUUGGAAUGUUGUACCAAAUGCUGGAAUUCUACCUCUGGUGACAGGAUCAGGACAUGUAUCUGUCCCAUUUCCAGAUACAUAUGAAAUAACGAAGAGUUAUUAAAUUAUUCUGAAUUUGAAACAUAUUUUUAUACGUGAUGAAUUGCAUCUCAUCUUUCCCCUGUAUCUUCAUUUGUUUUUGGCUAUAUUUUUCUUUUUUCUUUCUGUUUUGGUAUAAGAAAAGCUAACAUCAAAAGACAUAGUGGAAGUGAAAGGUCAUGGGCUGCUUAAGCUUAGUUUGCAAACAAAACAAAAGUCUGCCAGAGAGGAGGAGUGGAAUGAGGCUACCGCAUAGGAAGAGCUUGUAGGCAGGGUACGUUUGAAGGCUUUCUUUUAUUUGCAUUGUCUUAUGCAAUAUACAAUGGGCAUAAAGGGCUGUUACACUUCCAGGUGUCUAUAGAGUCAUAAGAAUUCUGAAUUAUUUGUUUUGUUUUCGUGUAAGUUGAUAGUGAUUGUGACUUACACGUGAACACUCUAUCUUUUAGUGAAUGUUAGAUUACUGGGAACGUUAAUGUGGAUCUUUGAAGUCCCACUUACAAAAGAGCAGAGUGGUAAUUUUAUUCCAUUUGUUUUAGAAAUCCCCAAAAUACUUGUCUUCCUUAGGUGAAUAGCAGCUUUCUCCAAAGACCAAGAACCUCUUUGUAUGCUGUAAAAUCUUGCAGGCUCAUUUUAAAGUCUCAACUCAACCAAAUGUGUGUCUUUUAGUGUUUCCAGAAUGCUCUUUUGACUAUCUCUGUAUAAAUUUUAAGCUUUGCCUUUGAAAGUUGAAAAUGUUUGCAUGGAUUGCCUUCUUGAACUGGAUUUGUCCCACUGAACAUGCCUCUUUAAUUAGCUACAGUUUUCUUAGCUCCAUAUUUUAACAGUUGGAAUAGUAAAAUUAUUUGUGAUGUUUA